ACUGUUAGCUAGGUUUCAUCAAUGGAACGGAGACGUGAAGCUGAAAGGAGRACUCAGCUAGCGUUCUUGUAACAGAACAAGCUUUCAGGAAAUAAAACCUGUUUCCUCGGUGAGAUAAUAACCUUUCACAGACCAAAAACAGAUGGCGCAGUGGUGCCAGCUGCAGAUGCUGGACAGUAAGUACCUGGAGCAGGUGGACCAGCUGUACGAUGACUCCUUCCCCAUGGACAUCCGGCAGUACCUGAGCAGGUGGAUCGAGAGCAUCGACUGGGAUACGGUGGCGGUGCAGGACUCGCUGGCCACCAUCCGCUUCCACGACCUGCUGGCGCAGCUGGAUGACCAGCACAGCCGCUUCGCUCUGGAGAGCAACUUCCUGCAGCAGCACAACUUCCGCAAGAUCAAGAGGAACCUGCAGGAUCGCUUCCAGGAGGACCCUGUUACCAUGGCGAUGAUCAUCUCCAGGAACCUGAAGGAGGAGCAGAAGAUCUUGGUCUGUGCAAAGGAAGCCGAGCAGGAAGGAGAAGGAGCCGUGUCGGCCAUGGUGGUGGAGAAGCAGAAGCUGGACAACAAAGUGAAGGAGCUGAAAGACAAAGUUCAGUUCCUGGAUCAGAUGCUGAAGAACCUGGAGGACCUGCAGGACGAGUACGACUUCAAGAUGAACACGCUGAAGAACCAGAACGAGCUGAACGGCAUGUCGGCGAAGGAGCUGGAGAAGGAGAAGUUCAACACGACCAGGAUGUGCAUCGAGCUGAAGCAGAAACGCCAUGAGGUGGUCUCCUUCCUGAGCGAGCUGCUGAACCUCACCCAGAGUUUAAUCCAAGAUCUGAUCAACGAGGAGCUGCCGGAGUGGAAGCAGCGGCAGCAGAUCGCCUGCAUCGGCGGCCCGCCCAACGCCUGCGUGGACCAGCUGCAGAACUGGUUCACCGCCGUCGCCGAGUCGCUGCAGCAGGUCCGGCAGCACCUGAACAAGAUGCUGGAGCUGGAGCAGAAGUUCACAUACGAAAACGACCCGAUCUCCCAGAAGAAGAGCCACCUGGAGAACCGAGCUCUGGACCUGCUGAAGAACCUGCUGUCCAGCUCUCUGGUGGUGGAGCGGCAGCCCUGCAUGCCCACACACCCACAGAGACCGCUGGUGCUGAAAACGGGCGUCCAGUUCACCGUGAAGCUGCGGUUCCUGGUGAAGCUUCAUGAGUUCAACUACCAGCUCAAAGUCAAAGCCGUGUUCGAUAAGGACGUCACAGAGAAGAAAGGGUUCCGUAAGUUUAACAUCCUGGGAACGAACACCAAGGUGAUGAACAUGGAGGAGUCCAACGGCAGCCUGGCGGCCGAGUUCAGGCAUCUGCAACUGAAGGAGCAGAAACUGGCCGGGAACAGAACCAACGAGGGUCCGCUGAUCGUCACCGAGGAGCUUCACUCGCUCAGCUUCGAGUCGGAGCUGCACCUGAACCAGUCCGGUUCUCCAGGACUCCACAUCAAGGUGGAGGCCAUGGCUCUACCCCUAGUCGUCAUCUCCAACGUCUGCCAGCUGCCCAGCGGCUGGGCSUCCAUCCUCUGGUACAACAUGCUGACCACAGAACCCAAAAACCUCAAGUUCUUCCUGUCGCCGCCGUCCGCCAAGUGGUCCCAGCUGUCCGAGGUGCUGAGCUGGCAGUUCUCCUCCGUCACCAAGAGAGGCCUGAACCAGGAGCAGCUCAACAUGCUGGCCGACAAGCUGCUGGGAGCAAAAGCUCAGAGGAAUCCAGACGGGACGAUUCCCUGGACCAAGUUCUGCAAGCAGAGCGCCAAUGAGAAAUCGUUCCCCUUCUGGCUGUGGAUCGAAGGAAUCCUGGACCUGAUCAAGAGACACCUGCUGUCGCUGUGGAACGACGGCUGCAUCAUGGGCUUCAUCAGCAAGGAGAGGGAGAAGGCGCUGCUGAGCAACAAAUGUCCCGGGACGUUCYUGCUGAGGUUCAGCGAGAGCAGCAAGGAGGGCGCUAUCACCUUCACCUGGAUCGAGCACGACGUGCACGAUAAGCCCGUCUAUCACUCGGUGGAGCCGUACACCAAGAAGGAGCUGUCGGCCGUGUCGCUGCCCGACAUCAUCCGCACCUACAAAGUGAUGGCCGUGGAGAACAUCCCGGAGAACCCGCUGCGCUUCCUCUACCCCGAYGUCCCCAAGGAUAAGGCCUUCGGGAAGUACUACCCCAAACCCUCAGAGACUCAAGAGCCGAUGGACACGGAUGUCCAGGAGGUCCGCGGCUACAUGAAGACGGAGCUCAUCUCUGUCUCUGAAGUGUAAGAUCAGAGGUUUUACCAUUAAGAGAGAGAUUAAYGUUUUAAUAAGAAGCUUUUACAUAUUUUAAUAACUGAAUAUCUAAAAGAAUCAUUUAAAACAAACCAUUUAGUUUUAUCUUGUAGCUUUUUGUUACUUUUAGUAACUGAAGCACUAAUCAGUCAAUCAAGCAAYACAAUUUUAUUUGUAUAGCACAUUUGAGCAKCAAGGCAUUUUAAAGUGCUUUACAUAA